UUUACUGCAUAUUCAUACACAUUGUCUGUCUUUAUAGAUUUUAGUUCGGACAAGAUUACAUGUAUAUUAUAAGCAGACAGAAGCAGGAAAAGAAUCAUAGUAUGGAACAAGGGUCGACGUCAGUUCCUCCUCACGUACUAGUUUUUCCAUUCCCUGUUCAAAGCCAUGUCAAUGUGAUGCUAAACCUAGCUGAAAUCUUCUCCAUUUCUGGCUUCCAGAUUACUUUUUUAAUCCCGGAUCACAUCCAAACAGGCCCUCGUUUCGAUCAAAUUUCGUUGCGUUUUGCACGUUAUCCUGCCUUCUACUUCCAGGCAAUUUCAGAUGGUUUGCCUUUGGAUCAUCCAAGAACAGGCGACAGGGUUAAGGAACUGUUUGACUCCAUAAAUGUCACAACGAAACCUCAGUUCAGAAAUGUACUGAAAUCCAGGGCCCUGAGUUCCAACAGCAGGGCGCCCUUGACAUGCAUCAUUGCUGAUGGAAUCAUGUCUUUCACUAUCGAUAUCGCUCAGAAUUUUGGGAUUCCGACAGUACUUUUUCGCCCGUUUAGCGCUACUUGCUUCUGGACAUUGUUCUGUGUCCCUAAGCUCAUUCAGGCCGGCGAGCUUCCUCUCAAAGAGGAUAGCGACAUGGAUAGAUUAGUUGAAAAUAUUCCAGGGAUGGAACGAGUUCUUAGGGUACGUGACCUACCGAGUUUUUGUCGUGUGGAGGAUGCAGCGGAUCCUCAACUUCAGCAUGUCGUCUCGGAGACUCAUCGUGCCACUGGCGCCCACAGCCUAAUUCUCAACACUUUGGAAGACUUGGAAGAACCGGCAUUAGCACGUAUUCGUGCCAACUUCCCUAAACUUUACGUGAUUGGGCCGUUGCACGGAUACUUUAGGCCUCUUUGGAGUCCUAACAGCCUUAAUGAACAGCAUAGAAGCUGCAUCGAGUGGCUGGAUGAUCAGCCUCUGAAGUCUGUGGUCUUUGUGAGUUUUGGCAAUAUGACUGUUUUGAAAAGCCAACAACUAGUGGAAUUUUGGUAUGGUUUGGUUAAUAGUGGGAAGCCCUUCCUAUGGGUCGUACCGGCUAACUUGACGGCUGGGUGCCGGAUUCCAACCGAGUUAAUAGAGGGAAGUGGGAAAAGUGGGAAGGUGGUGGAUUGGGCUCCACAAGAGGAAGUCCUAUCCCACCCUGCAACGGGUGGGUUUCUAACACAUGGUGGAUGGAACUCGACUCUUGAGAGUAUUUAUGAAGGGGUACCGAUGAUUUGCUGGCCGUUUUAUGCUGAUCAGCAAGUGAAUAGUAGGCUUGUGGAGGAGGUGUGGAGAGUUGGAGUGGACAUGAAAGACAUUUGUGAUCGAAAAACGGUCGAGAAGGCGGUGAGGGAACUGAUGGAAGUUAGGAGGGAGGAGUUCUUGAAAUCUUCAAAAGACAUUGCAAGAUUGGCAAGAAAAUCAAUAAGUGAAGGAGGAUCAUCCUAUGCUAACUUGGAUUGUCUGAUCAAAGACAUUAAACAUAUGAACUAUGCAAACUCUACUUAAAUCAGAAAGUGUUAAUUAGUCAUCUAUUCCUAAGAACUACUUGAAAUGAAGAGAGUUGGAAAAAAAAUUAUCGGAAUA